UAGGGGCUCUGGACUCACAGUCACAAUCAGAAAUUCGUCCGGAGAUGACCCGUCUGAAGCAACUCACAAUAACGUGCCUGAUGGUAGUAGUAGCGAGCGCUUUGUCUCCUACUGCUCCUCAUGAUCAACCUUAUUCUUCAAUAAACUUUUACGGAAAAAGACCUCAACCAGUUUUCCAACAAGAAACUCCGAUCCCAAGCACUGAACCAAGCGCAAACGACGAACUCCUCUCUCACUCUCUUGGAGCAGCUAAAGUAAUUAUUCGACCAGUUUCACAGCUGUCAACUCUAGCACCACUCCAAAGUCAACAACAAGAAAAUGAUAACAAAGCUGACGGGUGUAAAUGCGAACCGAUUAACUCUUGCCCCAUUGAGCUGAUGGAUUUCCGUUUCGCUGUCAGCUGCGAGUAUGGAACUGUCCGUUGCUGUCGUCCACUGGAACCUGUUCUCAUUAAAGAAACGACGACUAGUAAGCCAAUGGUGGUGACUCCAGCUUCGACACUAAAGUGGCCAAGAAAGUCGUGCAGGUGUAAGCCCCGCAAAGAGUGCGAUGAACAAGCAAUUGACAGGAAAUCCGAAAUAGGCUGCAGUGCUGGUAAUGUUCGUUGCUGUGAAACGGGAGCCAAUACUGGAAAUUCUAAAACAGAAGCUAGCCCCGAUGCUCACGUCCUGGGGGGCAACAGCUUUCGACCUGUCCAACUGCCUUUCCUAAAAAUGCCGCAGCCAGCAGACGAGAGAAUAUCUGAGCACGAACCGCGACCUACUGAUCAAGAACUUCAGCCCAUAGAGCCAAUCCAGAAUACUGUGCUAACACCUGAAAACGUUUCCUCGGAAGAUCCCCUAUUGGCAACGACUACUGAGAAGGAACAAGAAGAAAUUCAAGAACAAUUAGAGGAACAGCAAAACAAAACACCGUUGGCCAUUCAACAAUUCAAGCCAAGCCAACCUCUAAGCCCGACUCAACAGCAAAUCAAUCCGCAAUUUGCAGUUCCGAUCCAUCAAUCGAAUCCACCAAUCAGAAACCCCGCGUUCAAUAGUUUCCCUUUGAACCAAAAUCAAAACCCGUCUCUAGGAUCCCAACUACAGCAACCGCCCCGUAAUCAACCAACAAUCGGCAUUCCUUUCCAACAACUCCAACCACCAAUCCGCCCCAUGAAUUCAAACUUCCGCCCAUCAAAUACCGUUGAAGUAAAUGCGCACCAACUUGGUCAGCCAAUUCAUAACCCAUUCCAACCAAGCUUUCCAAUGGGUCCACCUCCAAUGAUUCAACAGGGCGCCGAAAAACCCUUCAAUUUCCAGUCACCUAUGGGAACACCUAACUUUAAUCAACAGCCUCCUCAACGCAGACCAGCAAUGCCGACUCAACCGAACACCUUCCCACAACAGCAGUUCCAGCGUCCACCACCACCACCUGCAUCAGCAAGUGGCGGAGGCUUCUUCAGUAGUUUAAUGAACAUGUUCGGCAACUAGAUUCUAAAAUGCGUUACUCAUCGACUAAUUUAUACUCCUAAACUACAAUCGAAUUUUAUUCCUAAUUUAUACUAUUUCCCCGACGUUUCCUGAAUCAAUAAAAACUAGUUUUUGAAAGUUGAAAAA